AUGGAGGAGGAUAUAGAAAGUAGGUCUCACGAAUGCGGUAUUUGUGGUAAAAGUUUUCGUUCGAUUAGUAAACUAAGAACCCAUCAAUUGACGCACACCGGGGAACGACCACAUAAGUGCGACACUUGUGGCAAGGGAUUUACUCAAAAUUGUAACUUGAAACGCCACGUGCGAUUGCACUUCCCUGAUAUGCCACUGAAUCAAAAGAAAAUUGUUAAACAGAGAAAGUUGCACGAAUGCGGUAUUUGUGGUAAAAGUUUUCGUUGGAUUGGUCAUUUCCAAAACCACCAAAACAAACAUACUGGGGAACGACCACAUAAAUGUGAAAUUUGUGGCAAGGGAUUUGCUCAAAACGGUCAUUUAGAAAAACAUUCACGAUUGCACUUUCCUGAUAAUCCGCAAAAUCUAGGAAGGAAGAUUAAUCAAAGUAAGUUGCACCAAUGCGGUAUUUGUGAUAAAAGUUUCCGUUUGAUCAGUGGUCUCAGAAGCCACCAAACGACACACACUAGAGAACGACCACACGAGUGUGAAAUUUGUUGCAAAACAUUCACUCAAAAGAGUCGCUCGACAGCCCAUUUACGAUCGCAUUUUUACGAUGAGACACAAAAUCAACAUAAAUGUGAAGUUUGCGAAAAAGUACUAAACGACAUGCGGAGUAAAACUAUUCACAUGAGACAACACACAGGGGAAAGACCAUAUAAAUGUGAUGAGUGUGGAAAGGGCUUUUGUGACAAAAGUAAUUUGAGAAAACAUAUGAAUCGACAUACAAAGAAAUUUGUCUGUGGAAUCUGUAAACGGCAAUUUGGCUGCAAGUCUCAUCUUAAUCAUCAUAUGCUUACACAUACAAAAGAGAAGAGAUUUGGAUGCACAAUUUGCGAUAAGUUAUUUGCACGUAAAGAGAAUUUAAAGUUGCACAUGAGAAGACAUACUAAUGAAUAUCAAUUCAAAUGUGAGAUAUGUGGCGUCAUCAAGGUGCAGCAAUGCGAACUGAAUAUUCAUAUGCGUACACACACGGGUGAAAAACCAUUUAUCUGUAAAUUAUGCGGAAAGACAUUUAGUCAACAAGGUAGUCUGACUCUUCAUAUGCAAACAGUACAUUCCAACGCAAAGCCUUAUGAAUGUGAGAUAUGUGAAAAAAAAUUUGCCGUACAAGCAUAUGUCAACGCCCACAUAAAGCGUAACCAUUCGAAAUGCAAAAGUGAUUUAAAUACAGACAAAGUUGAACAGGAACGUAUUGAUCACAUGUAUUCAGAGAGCACCGUUAUUCCUUAUCAGGUCGAUCAAAACGAAGAGACGUCGCAGCAUAAAUUACAAACACCUCAAGUAAUUGAAAUCAAAGAAGAGUUGCACUCAGGAUCUGAUCACGAAUAACUUGAAUUAUAUGCGCAAGGUGUUAUGAACAUUCUCGCACCAUUGAUUCACUUUUGCCACACUUCUGAUGGAUGAAAGUUUUGCUCGCCUGGGACAUGAACCUCUCUCAGGAAAAAUACUUUUUCAUACACAACUGAUGUAUUUGAAUCAGAAUGUUUGUCAGUGAAUAAGAUUUGAUAUUUUUCUUAUGGUCAGAGUACAUAUUCGGUCUCACCACCAUUCCUGCUUUGAAUAACAGCAGCAAAUAUCAAGCGCAACUCGUACGAAGAAAACAUAAAAAUGAACUAUUUAUCUUGUAGCGUAUAUGAAUAUUUUUGGCGCUACCGAAGUAUGUGCACCAAGAUGGCCCACAACCUGAACCCUGACCCGGUACACAUAAUAUGUUCGGGUUGUUCGUAAUCUUGGUGCACAUAACUCUGGAGAUCCAUAUUUUUUUAAAAGUUGACUUAAAAGUGUAACUCAAAUUGAAACGGAUUUCAAAUUAUGUGUUUUUAUGUAUAUCACUGCAAUAAAAGCCACCACGGCGUCCUGGCACAA